AUGCCCGCCCUCCUCCUCCUGCUGCUGCUCCUCAGCUGCCGCGCCGCCGCCGAGGAGGACGGCUCGCUGCUCCGGCCGGGCCCGGGCAGGCAGAGCGCGGCCGCCGCGCCCCCGACGGCCGCGACCCCCGCGCUGCACAACGCGAGCCGCCCGGCCGCGCUGCCCCAGGGCGCGGGGGCGGCUGGAGGGCGGCCGCGCUCCGCCUCGCCCCCCAUGUGCACGGGGCAGACCGAGAUCAAGGAGACUUUCAAGUACAUCAACACCGUCGUGUCCUGCCUGGUCUUCGUCCUGGGCAUCAUCGGCAACUCCACGCUGCUGCGGAUCAUCUACAAGAACAAGUGCAUGAGGAAUGGACCCAACAUUCUCAUCGCCAGCUUGGCCUUGGGCGACCUGCUCCACAUCAUCAUCGACAUCCCCAUCAAUGUCUACAAGCUACUUGCAGAGGACUGGCCUUUUGGUGUUGAAAUGUGCAAACUAGUGCCCUUCAUUCAAAAGGCAUCGGUGGGCAUCACAGUGCUGAGUUUGUGUGCCCUCAGUAUAGACAGGUACCGAGCAGUCGCUUCCUGGAGUCGCAUUAAAGGAAUUGGAGUGCCAAAAUGGACUGCUGUGGAAAUUGUCCUCAUCUGGGUCAUAUCAGUGAUACUGGCUGUUCCAGAAGCUAUUGCAUUUGACAUGAUUACAAUGGAGUACAGAGGAAAGUAUCUUAGAAUCUGCUUGCUUCACCCCACACAGAAAACAUCCUUUAUGAUGUUUUACAAGGAAGCUAAAGAUUGGUGGCUGUUCAGCUUUUACUUCUGUUUGCCACUGGCGAUCACAGCAUUUUUCUAUACUCUCAUGACUUGUGAGAUGUUACGAAAGAAAAGUGGGAUGCAGAUUGCUUUAAAUGACCACUUAAAACAGAGACGUGAGGUGGCCAAAACUGUGUUCUGUCUGGUGCUUGUUUUUGCCUUGUGUUGGCUCCCACUUCACUUAAGCAGAAUCUUGAAACUCACUAUUUAUGAUCAGAAGGACCCCAACAGAUGUGAACUUUUAAGCUUUUUUCUUGUGAUGGACUACAUUGGUAUUAACAUGGCUUCACUGAACUCCUGCAUCAAUCCAAUAGCUCUGUAUUUGGUGAGCAAAAGAUUCCAAAACUGCUUUAAGUCAUGCUUGUGUUGCUGGUGCCAAUCCAAAGAUCUGUUGUCCCUGGAGGAAAGGCAGUCCUGUUUAAAGUUCAAAGCUAAUGAUCACGGAUAUGAUAAUUUCCGCUCCAGUAACAAGUACAGCUCUUCAUAAAGCAAGCAUAAAAGGUAUAUUCUCUUACAUUAAUACUGGUGCCUUUUUAAGGAAAAAAGUUGCAAUUACUUUUAACAAGAUGGUAACAUCCAGAGUAAUCUAGUUUUGUAUUUGCACAAAACAAAAGAACAUUAAAAAAAAUCGUCCUAAAACGGUAUCACGUUGAAAAUCACGGACAUUUAUGAAAUCAUCAUUUAUGGAACAUGAAGAAAAGCAUAGAAAGAACAAGUCAUUGUUAGCACUUGAAUACUUCUGAAUCAGCACUUCCAAAUGAUCCCCACUUCCUGUACAUUAAGCGAUCGUUUGUAUUCUCUGUAACAGUUGUAGGAACUGAAGUCACAGCAAUUAUUAAGCAGCAUAAUAUCAAAUUAAUUGGAUCAAAGCCAUUAUUAUAUAUAACGCAAUGUAUUAUCUUUUAUAAAGCAAAUUAACCACUAUCACUAUUGUGAGUUUGUUUAAAUAAAACAUGAAAUACUUUGUAAUAGAAGUCUAAAUGUUAAAAAGUAGAAUUUUUAUCAGGUAUAUUAUCGAGGUAGCUACUGAAAAUAUUAAAGGAUGCAGUAAAAACGAAAGUGCAUUUUA